AUGUAUUCUAAACCUGUUCUCCUCCUUCCACAGGACUCAAAACCUACCGGUCAGAAAACAGCGGUGCCUACCAUGCAGAAGCCAGGAGUACCUACCGGCCAGAAGACGGCAGUACCUACCAUGCAGACGCCAGGAGUACCUACCGGCCAGAAGACGGCAGUACCUACCGGCCAGAAGACGGCAGUACCUACCGGCCAGAAGACGGCAGUACCUACCGGCCAGAAGCCGGCAGUACCUACCGGCCAGAAGCCGGCAGUACCUACCGGCCAGAAGCCGGCAGUACCUACCGGCCAGAAGACGGCAGUACCUACCGGCCAGAAGACGGCAGUACCUACCGGCAGUACCUACCGGCCAGAAGACGGCAGUACCUACCGGCCAGAAGACGGCAGUACCUACCGGCCAGAAGACGGCAGUACCUACCAUGCAGAAGACGGCAGUACCUACCAUGCAGAAGCCGGCAGUACCUACCAUGCAGAAGCCGGCAGUACCUACCAUGCAGAAGCCGGCAGUACCUACCAUGCAGAAGCCGGCAGUACCUACCGGCCAGAAGACGGCAGUACCUACCGGCCAGAAGCCGGCAGUACCUACCGUGCAGAAGCCAGGAGUACCUACCGUGCAGAAAACGGUUGUACCUACCACUCAGAAGACCAUACCAACUGUGCAGAAGGCAGUUGUGACAAAACCUACAGUGCAGAAUGCAGUAGAGACACCGACCCCUAUGCCCAAAAAUGGCAAACAUGAGGUAACUUUCUUGGUUUUUAUUCUACUUGAAGUGCUAUCAGAAAUGUUUGUUCAAAGCGACUUAUAGUACAAUGAGUGCAUACAUUUUUUUUUAUAUCCCUGUGGGAUUUGAACCCACGACCUGCUAGAGCUUGGCACUAGGAAUGCUCUUACCCACAUCCUUAUAAUUGAUCUAAAAAAUGGUCUUGUGUGUGGUACAAGACACACAUUUAUUUGAUCAAUUAUAACUGUCUUCAUCUCCCCUCCUCCCACAUGACUCCAAACUCACUGUGCAGAAGGCAGAAGUGCUUAAACCCACUGUACAGAAGGCAGCAGUGGUACCUACACUUACCCCUCAAACUGAGCAGAAAGCAGAAGCAUCACCUACACCCAAAACUGGCAAAGAUGAGGUAACAUCAUCGGACCUAUUCUUUCUUUAUUAGUAAGAAUGGUAUUUUUCUUUAUCGAUUAUAUUGAAAUCCAUUCAAUAACUCUACAGGAGCCGGUUUCCCAAACUUAGCCCAGGGCACUUCAGUGACACAUUAGAAGCAGCGUGGAUUAUCAUAGAGCUGUUUUCAUGCCUAACAUAAUUUUGGUGAUGCAAUUUAUCCCUCUUAACCUCUUCUCUUUCUACAGGAUUCCAUAGCACCAGUGUCUUCCCCCCCGUUUGA